AUGAAACCGAAGUCUCUGGAGACGGUUUUCAAUUCAUCGGAGCGGUAUCCUGAUUUCACAUUCAAGUGGUUUCCGGAGAUGGUUUCACUGAGAGUGCUUUAUCUAGGAAGAUGGGAACGGACUGCUAAGCGUCACAUUGAAGUUGAAAGCACAGAGUUUCUUAAGAACAUGAAGUCCUUGAAGAACCUGAGGCUUGCAAGUUUCCAAGGGAUCUCGAGGAUCGAGAAGCUUGAAAACUCUAUUUGCGCGCUCCCCAAGUUGGUGAUCUUGGAUCUUAGAGCAUGCUACAAUCUAGAGGUUCUUCCUGAUGAUAUAGGCUCACUUGAGAAUCUGAUUUACUUGGAUGUGUCUGAGUGCUAUAUGCUAGACCGUAUGCCUAAAGGAGUUGCGGAUCUCUCCAGAUUACAAGUUCUUAAGGGAUUUGUGAUUAGUCAGUCCGAAGAUGAAAGGAACUGUGCGGUUAAACAUUUGGUGAAUUUGAGGAAGCUAAGUAUAACCGUAAACAAAUUCCUUUUCAAGGUGGAAAAUCUGAUGGAGUCAUUGAAAGGCCUAGAGCGACUUGAGAGUCUGAAAAUAGCAUGGGGAGCUCGAUUCCCGGAUGAAGACAGAAGAGGAGAAAUGAUUGAAGAAAGUGAUGAAACAGAAAAGAAUAAAGAAGCAACAAACGAGAAGGAGAACCAAAGAGGGCUUGUUGCAACAGAGGAGAAACAGAAAGGCCUAAACGAAGGAGAAGAUGACCAAGUGGGAGCAGAAGAUAGAGGAAGUAGUAAGAAAGAAGAUGGAGGAAAUAGGAAGAUGGCUAAUGUUGAAGAAGGAAAGAGGAGCAACGAGGAAGUAGCAAAGAGCUUGAAAUCUGAUGAGGUUGUCGAGGGAGAGAAGAAGUCAAGUUCUUCUGGAGAAGCAACAGAGACGAUCGAGAACAAGCCAGACAAUCAGAAAGGGAAAGGCACAGUGGAAGCAGAUGGAGAUAAGGGAAAGAAUCAAGAUGAGGUAGACGGAGUUAAGGAGAGUCCUUCUCGAGAGUCCACAGAGAUGAAGCAGAAGAAGUCGGAUGAUCAAAACAAAGUGGAAAAGGAAGGAAAUGGAGAGAAAGGGAAGGCUGAUAUAGAGGAAGGAAAGAAGCAAGAUGAGGUAGACGCUGAGAAAUCAAUAUCAGAAAAACGCGUUGAAGGAGUUAAGGAGAGUCCUUCAGGGUUAUCAACAGGCAAGAUCGAGAACAAGCCAGAUGAUAAAAGGAAAUUGGAAAAGGAAAAUGAUGGAGAAAAAGGAAAGGCUGGUCCAGUUGAAGGAAAGAAGCAAGAUGUAGUAAAAGCAGAGAGCUCCAAAUCAGAAAAUGGUGCUGAAGGAAUUAAGAAAGCGCAGGAAUCACUGGACACGAUCCCAAACAAGCCAAAUGAUCACCAAACUGGUGAGAAACAAGAAGCAAAAGGCGAUGGAGAGAAGGAGAAGGUUAAACUAGAAGAAGGAAAAAAGACAGAUGAGAUCAAAGCAGAGAGCUCAGAACCAGAAAAGGUUAUUAAGGGAGGUGAGAAAACAAGUCCACCACAAGAAUCCAAAGACACGGUCAAGAGCAAGCCAGAUGAUAACAAAGGAGAUGACAAACAAGAAGAGAAAGGAGAUAAGGUUAAUCUAGAAGAAGAAACGACGAAAGAUGAGGUAAAAGCAGAGAGAUCAAAAGAAGACAAGGUUAUCGAGAGAGAUGAGAAGACAAGUCCACGACAAGAAUCCAAAGAUACGAUCCAGAGCAAGCCAGGUGACCACAAAGAAAGCAGCAAGGUGCAGGAAAAAAGAGAUGGGGAAAAGAACAAGGCAGAUUUAAAGAAGCUUGAUGGAGGAGAAGAGGCUCAGAAGUCAGAGAAGAAGAAUAAGUUAGCUAAAAAAGUGAGUUUUUCAGAAGAACCGAAGGCUCCAAUACAGAAGAAGCCAGAUGAUCUGAAAAAAGACUGCGCAUUGGAAAAAGAGAAAAAUGAAACGGCAUCAACAUCUAAGCUUUCUUCUAAAAAGACAGCUCCCAAUCCCAAGGAACAUGGAUCAAGUAAAGCAAAACUGUUUAUGGCAAAGAGAAACGAAACCAAGAAACGGGGGAAGAAAUGGCAACAAGAUUCAGAAAUAGAUACCUCUAAGCUUCCUUCUAGCUUGAAGAAGUUGGAGCUAGAAUGUUUCCCUGAAAAGAACCCUCCAAUUUGGUUAAAUCCCAAAAAUCUUGACAAUCUUGAAAAGCUCUCCAUCAGAGGAGGGAAGCUUAGCAGAAUCAGUGACGAACUUCCAACUGCAGAACACAACUGCCGCAUUCAGAUCUUACGUCUGAAGUAUUUGCAUGAAUUCAAGGCUGAGUGGAAAGAUUUGCAGGCACUGUUUCCACACAUGAAACUGUUGGAGAAAUAUAAAUGCCCCAAAGUCGCAUUCUGUCCCACAGAUGGUAAUGGAGUCUGGAGGUCACAGCCAUAG